UUUCUUUGUGGAUAUUGUGAUUGAUUCAUUGAAUAAUAGUCUCGCUACGUAACGAUAGUAGCCUCGCUACGUGAAGUUAAUAGUUCCGCUACGUGAAGAUGCCAGGCAAUAUAGACCAAUUACUUCUCGUCUAUGACGAUAUACAAGAUGCCGAUGAUGCAGCCGCCGUGAACAAAGAUGAAAUGGAUUCAAAUCUAUCCUUAACAAGAAGCAAGUCCAACCAGUCGCUGAGCGUACACCAGUAUCUUCAUCACCCCAGCCAUCAAAUGGAGCACAAGCACACCAUACUCCGCUCCGUGAGUCAGACGGAUUUAAUUGCCCCAGCGCUACGUACAAACACCCCCCCGGUCAAUGUACAGGCAACCGCCAACGGGACUGUAUUUAACGGUACACGGAGUAACCCUAGUUCUGGUAGCAGCUCCAGCGCACUGCCUACGCCGACGGGGCGCAAGCACGCCGGCUCAAAUAUGAGUUCCGGUGGAUAUAACAGGGGUUCUGUACCCGGCCCAACUGUCUUGACUUCGGGGCAGAAGGACAAACGGUACCAUUUUGGGUCAUACCAAAAGCAGCAUUCUCAGACAAGUAUCAAUUUGAGGAAGCCCGUGGUAACCACAGAGCAUCCACCUCAUCCGGCCAGGCCGGCAUCUCCUAAUUUGCGUCAAAGAGGGGGAAUGUCACCUUCGCCAUCCACAAGUCGGCUGUCGCAGUUUGAGGCAAUGGAAGGAGAAUUGGAAGACCUGGACUUAGGUGAUACGGCGCAUAGGUCGGAUGUACCCGCGACCAUAACUAUUGCACCUCACCACACGGUACAGGAUCACAGGUGUACCCUACUCAAGUGCAACCAGCACCACCCCAAUACACAACACGGCAAAUCCACCCAGGAUAUUCCCACCCUCAAGACCAGUAGACGGCAUAUCAACCAUAGUCACCCCGCCCCGAUCCCCGCCUCGGAAAAAGUCCAGCACUCACUCACCUUUAAAUACACCCGACCAUCGGACAAGUGA